GCUGGCAGGCGACCGGAACGGUCAGUAAUUUGAUGCCGCUGCUUUCAUUCGAAAAGCGCACUUUAAAACACGUUCUGCACUGUUCUAACGCAUACAACUGCUAGAACGUUAAACAAAGACAGAAUAUAGACGCUUUCUUAGGUAAACUUACAUAUGUUUUUAAGAAAAAAAAAACUCAUUGUUCCGGACUUGCUAACGCGGAGUAGUUGGAAGUGUUUGUGCGUCUAUUUUCAAGUGUUUUAAGUGGUUGACGACAGUAUAACGAGAUAAAGUUUUGAAAAAGCGAUGGAAAGUGAGAGAAGUUUGCGGGUGAGGGGAGGCAGUGCAAGAGCAACAGGCGUGCGCACUGGCGGAGGUCGUUCGAGUGUUCCCAUACGUGGUGGUUCACGAAAAGGAAGGGUACGAGGUAGAGGAAGGGGGUGCCCGCGGUCUUCUGUUGAACAGAGGCCGUCGACAAGUUGCGCAUUUAACCUUAUUGCAAUUGAGGAUUUGCCCGCUGGGGAACCGAUAGAGCAGGCAUUGACGGAGCGAAGUAAGCGUUCAUGGAACCCCCGAAAUUAUGAACCUGACGGAGAGGACAUUCCAGUAAUUUUGUCUUCACCUGCGAUUCCGCCAUCACCGGCAAUGUACGUUGAAUGUGGCGGCAGUGGUACGAGCACGCCAUCUUCUAGAUAUAAUUACAGAUUUCUGUACAUGGCAGCCGUAGUCCUUUGCCGUCACAUAAACGUGUGCGUCGAUCGCUUUGCCCAGACCAAGAACAUGAUACUACGAACAGAGAUUCUAUUUCAUCGCUACGUCGACCGCUACGAGACUGAAAUUUGCUACUUGUUGCACUAUGGAAGUGACGACGAUGACAGCGAUGAUGAGAGCCAGAAUGAUAACGACGAAAUCGUUCCUAUGAUCAUCCCCCGGGCAGCUGGAAUACUGAUGGACACUCCGGACGACGAGGAGAUUGAGAUUGACACGGCGGCGGCAAGUAAACCUCUUGUGACAUCUUCCUCGCCUUCUAUCAUUUCAGCACCUACAUCACCAGCGCGUGAUACCGGUAUGAAGCCUAGUCAUUUUUUUGAAUUUGACUGGGGAACUUUCCCUGACUCUCCUAUACCACCAACAGAAAGGCGUGAAUCUUUUAAGGAAAACUCUGGUCCCACGGUCACUGUAAGUGACCUUUACGAGAUUUUUUGAUUAAUUUGGGACCAGGAGUACAUGGAAUUUAUUGUGCAGGAAACAAAUAGAUAUGCCCAACAAUUAGCUGCUGAAAUGUUGGACGGCGGGGAAUUACAGGCCUCCAGUAGGAUUACAGAAUGGAAAGAAACCAAUGUAGACGAGUUAUUGGUGUUCUUCGGAAUAUUACUGGCGAUGGGAAUCGUCAUAAAGAACCGGGUUGAAGAGUACUGGAAUACGGAACAAAACAUCUUCUCCACUCCAGGUUUCAAAGUAUAUAUGUCGCUUAGGAGGUUCCAGUUACUCAGCAGUUGCUUACAUUUUAAUAAUUCCAAGAACUUGAGAAACCUCAACCUGGAUCCCUCACAGGCAAAGCUUUUUAAAGUAGAGCCUGUGAUUAGCCAUUUGAAUUCCAAGUUCACGGAGUUAUAUAUAAUGAAGCAGAACAUGGCUUUAGAUGAAUCGCUGCUGCAGUGGAAAUGUUGGUUGAACAUCAACCAAUUUAUUCCAAACAAAGCUGCAGCAGUGGGCAUAAAAACUUACGAAAUAUGUGAGUCGCAGACGGGGUAUUUAUGGCGAUUUAAAAUCCAUGCCCAUAAGGCUUCGCCUACAGUCUCAGAGGCUGAUCCAUUCACAGCGCCGGUGUACGGCGUUAGUUCUUAACCUUAUCAAAGGUUUAGAACACAAAGGGUACACGUUGUGGAUGGAUAACUUCUACAAUUCCCCAGCACUUGCCCGAAAACUCAAGUCGAUUGGGUUUGAUUGUGUCGGUACGUUGCGGACAAACCGCAAGUAUGUCCCGACGGAACUGACCAAUCUGAAAAAAUCUCAGAUGAAGCCCGGGCAAGUAGUAGGCUAUACCAGUGGAGAUGUCGAUUGCAUAAUAUGGAGAGAUCAGAACCGCGUAGCGACGAUCUCAACGUACCAUGGCAAUGCCGUCUCCACUAAAAACGGAGUAACAAAACUUAUUUUGAUACGUGACUACAACAUCUGCAUGGGUGGCGUGGAUAAAAAAGAUCAGAUGUUGGCUGCAUUCCCAAUUGAACGCAAGAGGACACAAAUUUGGUACGAGAAAUUGUUUAAAAGGUUACUUAAUGUUUCUGUGUUGAAUGCCUAUAUCAUACAUAAACAGACUGCCACGGAGGUCUUGGACCACAGGGGCUUUAGAAAAAACCUGGUAGAAUCCCUUUUGCGUAGGCAUUCAAUGAAAAUGUAGCCAUAUGUCUUUUCUGCCAGGAUACAAGAUACCAUUUUCGAGGUGAGCCGCCAUCAACCCGCCGAAUAUCCGCGGCUAACUUCAUUAAACAGCACAAAUCGCCAUCGCCACCCAUGUAAAGUGUGCGGUAAGCGCACGGUAACGUAUUGCGUAGGGUGCGACAAACCUGUGUGCGUAUUCACAUGUUUUGUGAAACUUCACAAUUAAUAUAAUAAUAGGGUAAGGCCAAAUAAUUUUAUGUACCUAUGUUAAUUAUUAUUUCUUCUCAAUUGAAAGUAGCCUACAUGUUAACUUUUUUUAAGACUAUCAAAACAUUGUUGACAUAUUUCAAGAGUUUAUUUUUUGUCUGAUUUUUUGUCUUAAAAUUUUUCGUCUUAAGUUCUUGAGAGUAUUUUUUUGUCUGAUUGUAUGUACAUUUUUUGUAAGAGUAAAUUUGAUUUAGAGAGAGAAUUUGAAUUUGAUUUUUGAUUUAAUAAUCUUGGUGACGCAGGUGAGCGUCACCUUAAACGUGAGCUGAUGAGCUGAAAGGGAGCAUAUGAACUCUGCGGAGAAUGAGCGGACACGAAAGGGUAGGUAGGAAAACGGUACUUACUUGGAGGCUGAUGCUGGCACUAUCACGGUCGUAGUGGUGUUUCUCUGAGAUGGCUGGCACAUACACCUUUUCACCGGUUCACACUCAACCUUUUACUUAGUAUAUAGCGAAAGGCGCGCGCGCACAAUUUACUCAAUAUCGAACGAGCGUAUCUCCGCGUGCCGUCAUAUAUCGCACUGUUAUGAGAGGUGCGGGGUGCGUACGGGCGACGGCACCCGAGUUGAGCCGAACAUUUACGAACGUCGCGCUGUCGCGCGAACAAAUCGGAAAAAAAAACUUUUUAUACAUUUUUUUUCUAAGAACAAAUAAAUAAUAUUCUGAAACAACAGAAAUAAUAUAAAUACAGUAACUGACCGGACCCGGUCAUUCGCCAGACUGAGGGUAAAAAGUCGCAUCCAUGUUAAGACAGCCGUUUUCGCGUGCCAUCUUAGUAAAUAAUUGUUGUUUUAUUUCAUCAUUUUCUAAUAAAUGUUGUAUGAAAACACCAUCUUUAUAUCUUACAAGCCUUUUGCAAAUUUAUUCAUGUUUUAGGAAAUACAUUGUUAACUCAUAAAAAUAAUUGAAUACUACAGUACAGAUCAUUGUUUGAAUAUACCUAUUUUUUCUUAGUUUACACAGGUUUUAUUUGAAUCUUAAUAUCUUUAUAAUCUUACAUAUUUCAGACGUAAAUAUUUAACACAAUUGAGAUUAUGAACCAAACAUCAAUAGAAACAUACAUUUCAAUCUCACUUGAUCAAUAUACCUAGUCAGGUCAUAAAUUCUGUCACAUGUUUAAUGUAAAAUAAUUGAAACAAGUUUAUUCAUUAUGUAACCAUUCAUAUACCAAAAUGAACUUAACAAAACAUAGAUUCUUAUGACACUAAAGUUUAUUCAAAAUGACCUCCGUGAUUUUGAAUACAGGCCUUCAAUCUGCGCGACCAGUCGUCUAUCGCAGCACGAACGAGGUCCAUGUCAAUAUCGGCGGCUGCCUUAAUCAAGGAUGUCUUGAGUGACUCCAAAUUGGGAUGAGGCUUUGAGCACGCCUUUUCCUCCAAGUGUUGCUAUAUCUUGUAAUCUAACGGAUUCAAAUCUGGACUGGAGGAGGGCCAGUCUUCGUGCCGGAUGAAGUCGAUUUCACGCGCCGCCAGCCAGUCUUGUGUGCUCUUCGCUCUAUAAGCUGGCGCCGAAUCUUGUUGGAAUACCCAGUGCCUGUUAUCGAACAUGGUAUGAGAAACAGGUUCCACAAGGUUCGUCAGGACUGUAUUUUGAUACACAACUGCAUUCGUUUUUACACCUUUCUCACAAAAAUGUACCUCUGUUAAGCCCCAAUAAGAAACUCCCAACCAUACCAUGAGCGAGGAUGGAAAAUGACCUCGUUGGACACGCGGAAUACGGUUGCUUGCUUCUUCACUACUGUGUGCGUACACCUUAUCAUUUUGCUUAUUGUAGCUCUCUUCUACGGUAAAAAUUUUUUCAUCCGAAAAAAUAAUUUCCCGAUAUUUUUUUCCCGCGUACCGCUUCAACAAAGCGCGGCAUCUCUUCAGUCUCAGGUCCAUUAGACGAGCAUUCAAACGAUGUCCUGUUUUUCUUCGAUAUGCCCGAAGCCCUAAGUCUUCAUUUAACACCCUUUUCACGGUGUUUCUGCUUAACCCCAUCUGAAGGGCCAACAGUUUCUGCUUACGUUUGGGAUUUCUUUGAAUUCGCGCGUUCACAGCUUUUAUCACUGCUGGAGUCCUAACAGACCGAGGGCGACCACUUCUUGACCUGUCAUCUACACUAGAGUCUUCAUUGUAUCGUUUGAUGGUACGAUAAACGAAUCUUUUGGUUAUAUUCAAAAUUUUCAGUAUGUUAAAAAUUUGAAUUGGCGCGUAACCGCAACGAUGCAACGCAAUAACUGCAACACGGUCUUCUUUAAGCGUCCACUCCAUAUUUAAAAAUGAGUAAAAUUCUAAAAGUAUACAUUUUUAUUUUCAUGAACAAUUCGAAAUUCGAAUUCAAUAAACUUUUUUGCGGCCAGCAUUCUAAAAGAAAAGUUUUUACUGUGUGACAAUACUUAUGACCUGACUAGGUAUUUCUCAGAACUAAGCUUGUAACAUGAGCUAUUUUCAACAUCCGGCGCAAGAUCUACCACUGCGGCCGAUUUUUUGUAAACGUUCUACUGAUAUUUUUUUGUAUAGAAUGAUGUGUAAUUCUUAGGAUUAUGUUUUGAAAUAGUGUUUGUCAAAGCAAAUUAAACACAAAUAUGAUCGCUUAAACUAAAAA